AUGUUGCCAGACACCUCAUCAUCAAUCUCUCAAUUGGAGACUUUUAAGACACCAGCUUCAAUUGAAGAAGUUCUACAUGAUGACGUUUACAAGCCAUAUAUCACACCGCCCACUCCAUUUGAAGAGCAUACAAAAAGGAAAUCAGAAAUGGGCGAACCAAACCCUUAUGCCCAAUCACUAUGGUGGGCCUCCAGAGGAGAAGAUGGUAGCACCGACAUCCAAAGACGUCGCACAAUAAAAAAGGCUACCGUUGAAAGUGUGAGCAGUCUCGGAGAUUACUCUGUUGCCGAGAAACCAUUAAAUGUUGAGACAGGGGUUCCCUUUAUUGAGACCGUUAAAAGAAGUCAGCUACUACCGUCCUUAAUGGGGGAAAGAGAAAAUAUAGACGAUAUGGCAAUUAACCAAGACUGCGAUUAUGACUCGAAGGAAACCAUAAAAAAACUCAGGCCGUUGAACGACCCGCCACCUUUUACACUAAUCAAUAUUUUAUCCAAAAUGGUCAAAAAACUUAGAUGCUUAGUAAAAAUUCGUAGCAGUUUUGAGGUAUAUACAGACAAGAAUCAACUUUUCAUUAAUCCGAAAGUAAAGCUCUACCUAUUUAGCAAUAUUCAAACAUUAUUGAUUAUACAUGAACAGUUUCUCAACUCUGUUUUAGGCCCUUAUCCUUUGGAAGACACGAUAUACGACAAUCUUUUAAGACUACACCAUGUUUAUCCAUCCUAUUUGAACUCAACGGCUUUGCGGCAACAUUUCACAAAACUAGUUAUCCAGAAUAAUGCCUUUAAAGCCUUUAUUGGCGACUUGGAUACUGAAACGGCGGAAGACAAUGAGUUCUACCUAUUGGUUCUCUCUCCUGCACUGGAUUUCCACACACUAAUUAACUAUAUUGACACCUACCUGGGAGAAUCAUCGCCUCGCAUUCAUCAUCUUAUUAAUAAGUUCUAUGCUUGUUACAAACCAUCAGGACCUAUCAUGUCUUUUGAUAGGAACGAGCCAAUAUAUCUUGUAAUUCCAGAUAAUUGGAAAGAGGCAAAUCUUAAUGAAUGGAAGGGAAUCUCAAAUAAGUCAGUGGAAUCUCAGUUGGCCUAUUAUCUCAAUUGGAGACUCGAGAGAUUACUCAAAAGCUAUAAGAAUAUAACGGGAAACGUAGAACAACAGGCAGACAUUGUCUCGCAUUUGGCAAUCAAUAACAAACUACUAUCGCAAAGUAUAGAGAAAUUGUCGACACAUCUAGCUUUCGAUACAAGAAGAGGGCAGUUUCAAAUACCUGCCAUGGAGCUCCACGAUACCAACAAGAGAAUAUACCAUAUUGUGAAUGAAUUUGUGACGUUUUUAAGAGACGGGGUGCUUGAAGAGACCGUACAGAUGGUGAUAAACGCCGUUGAAGUUUGUAGGAAUGUCAUAUCUGAUGGGUAUGGUGAAAUUAUGGAAGUAUAUACUACGUUGGUGCUAUUUGAGGAACACAUUGCGCUAAUCAGUGAAAAGUACGGUUGUUUUAUAAAGGAGUACCUAGAUUGUAUUCCUUCCAAACCGGUGAAUAUCAACCAACUUAUUUCCAGGUAUGUCAAGUCUAGAGAGAGAGAACUACAUCGUGAGGAAAUAGGGGGGUCUGAGUGGGAGAAGAGGUUCAUGCGUUACAGAUUGGUGAGGCGACUUUUUCAUGUUUAG